AUGAACGGACGGAUUAUCACAAUUAAUUUACAGAGACAGGAAAAAGUUCAUACGGGAAUAGGAUCCCGUGCUGUUGGCAAAACGUGUUUGUUGAUAUCGUACACAACGAAUAAAUUUCCAAGUGAAUAUGUUCCAACUGUAUUUGAUAAUUAUGCUGUAACAGUUAUGAUUGGAGGUGAACCGUAUACAUUAGGUCUUUUUGAUACCGCUGGACAAGAGGAUUAUGAUCGUUUACGACCAUUGUCUUAUCCUCAAACAGACGUAUUUUUGUGGAUUCCCGAGGUUGCACACCAUUGUUCAAAAACACCAUUUUUAAUUGUUGGAACACAAGUUGAUUUACGUGAAGAUCCACAAACAAUGGAUAAGUUACAAAAAUCAAGACAAAAACCAAUAACAUCCGAUCAGGGUGAUAAAUUAGCACGAGAAUUAAGAGCCGUUAAAUAUGUUGAAUGUUCAGCUUUAACACAAAAAGGUUUGAAAAAUGUGUUUGAUGAAGCAAUACUAGCCGCAUUGGAACCACCAAAAAAGUCAAAAAAAUCUACUUGUUUAUUAUUUUCAAUACUACCAUCGUCAUUUGAAAAUAUUAGACAACGAUGGAGACCAGAACUGUUACAUUAUUGUCCAAAUAUACCAUAUCUAUUAAUUUCAACCAAAAUUGAUUUAAGAGAUGAUAAACGAUAUGAACGACAAAUAAUUACAACGGAACAAGGAGAAAAAUUAGCAAAAGAAAUUAAAGCAAAACGAUACAUCGAAACUUCAGCAAAAACACAAGAAAAUGUCAAAUUUGUAUUUGAAGAAGCUGUUUCAGUAGCAUUAAAACCAUUAGAUUCAAGAAAAAAGAAACGUUGUGUUUUACUUUGA